UCCGGUUCGUCCUGUAAAACAGUGGAGUCGCCAUGCUAUGAGCUCUAAACGGUUUAAUUGAGGGGUUUAGUGCUUUUAACGAUUACAAAUAACACUUUUAACUGCGUACGAAGAGAAACACAUCCCCAGUCCCAAGUUUCCGGUGUCGUUUCGUGUGUUUUUUUCUUUUUUUCUCCGCCCACCCCCGGAAAACCAAACUGAGUCGUCGUUAUUUUUAUUUCUUGAGGUGACGUGUUGGAGCAGUUUUCUCGUGUGUCGGCGAAAAUACCGAGUGUACCCGGAUAUGGACGCGGUGGUUAUUAUAUAGGCUGCAUGUAGGAUGUCCGUUGUGUGCGUGGGUUGUGAGUGAGCCCCGCGGAAGAGACCGCUGCUGGGGCCCGGAGCCCGAGCAGGAGCCCGGCGGACGGACUGGUUCUGUUGGUUUGGACGCAUCGGGACUGGAGUGACACGACAGCGAGACUGGGGUUACGCGCUGUGAUACCAGUAAACGAUGGCUCCGGUCUGUGUCCUGAUCCUGGUCCUGGUCGGCUGGGCAGCGGGCCACAAGCUGGGCGACAAUGUGACCCUUUAUGUCAAUAAAGUAGGUCCAUAUCACAACCCUCAGGAGACGUAUCACUACUACACCUUACCUGUGUGCAGACCGGAAAAGGUGCACCACAAGUCCCUGAGUCUGGGAGAAGUGCUGGAUGGCGACAGGAUGGCAGAGUCGUUGUAUCACAUCCGCUUCGGAGAAAACGUGGGGAAGAAAGUCCUCUGCCAGCUCACUCUGUCCGAAAAACAGGUGGACGAGCUUCGCGAGGCCAUCGAGGAGCUGUACUACUUUGAGUUUGUCCUGGAUGACAUACCCAUCUGGGGGUUUGUGGGCUACAUCGAGGAGAGCGGCUUCCUGCCUCACAGCCACAAGGUGGGCUUGUGGACUCACCUGGACUUCAACAUCGAGUACAACGGCGAAUCUGUGAUCUUCGCAAACGUCUCGGUGAAAGACGUCAAGCCUUUCCCCCUGGAGGAGGGGGCGGGUGCUGCGGUGGGUGGCAUGGGAGUCGGGGGAGGCAGCCUGACGGUCACACACACCUACAGCGUGCACUGGUAUGAGUCCAGUCUGCCCUACGCCCGGAGAGCUGAGCGCCUCCGAGACUACUCCUUCUUCCCUAAAACCCUGGAGAUCCACUGGCUGUCAAUCAUCAACUCUCUGGUGCUAGUGGUGCUGUUGCUGGGCUUCGUCAUCAUCAUCCUCAUGAGGGUCCUGAAGAACGACUUUGCUCGGUAUAACGUGGAAGAGGAGGGCGGCUGUGAUGAUCUGGACCAAGGAGAUAACGGAUGGAAGAUCAUCCACACGGACGUGUUCAGGUUUCCUCCUUUCAAAAGCCUGCUGUGCGCAGUGCUGGGAGUCGGAGCUCAGUUCCUAACCCUCGCCACCGCCAUCAUCAUCAUGGCGCUGCUGGGAAGGUUCAACGUACAUCGCCAUGGCGCCAUCAACUCUGCGGCCAUCGUCCUGUACGCUCUGACCAGCUGCGUGUCGGGGUACGUCUCGUGUAGCUUCUACACUCAGAUCAACGGCCAGCGCUGGGUGUGGAACAUCAUCCUCACGUCUUCUCUCUUCUCAGCUCCUCUCUUCCUGACGUGGAGCGUGGUGAACUCUGUUCACUGGUGGAGCGGCUCAACUCAGGCUCUGCCCGCCACCACCGUGCUCCUCCUGCUCGGCGCCUGGGUGCUGGUGGGCUUCCCCCUCACCGUCAUCGGCGGCAUCGUGGGAAAGAAUCGGGCCGGGAACUUCCAGGCGCCGUGCCGCACACGUAACAUCCCCCGGCAGAUCCCCAAACAGCCCUGGUACAAGCACGCCAUUAUACACAUGGCUAUCGGCGGCUUCCUGCCGUUCAGCGCCAUUUCUGUGGAGCUGUACUACAUCUUUGCCACCGUUUGGGGCAGAGAGCACUACACCCUCUACGGCAUCCUGCUGUGCGUCUACGCCAUCCUCCUCUCAGUGGGUGCCUGCAUCUCCGUGGCGCUGACGUACUUCCUGCUGUCUGGUGAGGACUACCGCUGGUGGUGGCGCAGCGUGCUAAGCACUGGAUCCACGGGCCUCUUCAUCUUCGUCUACUCAGUUUUCUACUACCGGAAUCGGUCUUCCAUGAGUGGGCUGGUGCAAAGCACGGAGUUCUUCGGAUAUUCGCUGCUCACAGCGCUAGUCUUCUCUCUGAUGCUGGGCAGCGUGUCGUUCUGGGCCUCGCUGACGUUCAUCCGCUACAUCUACCGUAACCUCAAGAUGGAUUAAAGCCGGGAUUCGACGCGGACCGUCUCCAUCAGACACACGUCUCCGGUUGUGUUAACGGGAGAAGAAACAGGGGCCUUUAACUUAAAAUGAAGAGUAUGUAAAAUGGCUGAAUAAGGAAGAGUUGGGAUUAAAGCAGAUUUAAGUAAAUAUGUUGGUGAAAAGGGACGAUGUCUCCACGUUGGGGGAGUAAAAGACUACAGAGCUGGUACCUAAUCAAGUGUGUAUGUAAGCCAAGUGAGACCAAAAUGUUCUAGACUGGUUGUAUCGCCUCCAAAAACAUGUAGAGUACAUUUAUUAAACACGCGAGUAUUAUUACUAGAACUGGUCUGAGGGAGACUCCCCACAGUGGAUGAAAGGAAGGAAGGAUGCCUUGUAGAUUUUUGCUUUUGCAAAAUGUUGGUGAUGGGCGCAAUAUUGUAAUUGUAUCCAUGUAUUCUACGCUGGUUCUGAUGUAAAUAGUCUUUUCAAUAAAAUGCUUUUUAAUAUAAA